UAUUAAUCAAUUCAACUGCGAUUCGACUUACUGAUAGAUUUUCUGCCAACUACUUGAAGUCACGAAUGAUUCUCUCAUUAUAUAAUGACGGCGAUGGCUUUAAUUCUCUGCCAUAUUAUUGGGCAUACUGAUAUCAAAAAUUCUGACAAUCCACAUUUAUAUUAUACAUAUAUGUAUGCAUACACAUGUUACACCGUAAACCGAAUGGUAGUUGCCUGAUUGUUUUAUGCUUUAAAACAUUGUGGAAUAAUGUGCUUGACAUAUUAACAAUUUCAAAGAAAUGGCUGCUUUAAUGAAAAAACGUGUUUUAGCAGAAUUUACUCAAAGUCAGGUAAUUACUAGCGAACCACCAGCAAAACGUUUGCGAACAUUAAGACUUUCCUCCACUGGAGGUAGUAAGAAUGGUGUGGGUACGGAAGGCAGUUCCUCAUUGGCAUAUAUAGAAUUAUUAGAAAAAUGUAAAGGUGGUAACGAUGCAUUGCAAUUACUAGUUCGCAUAUCAGACACUGUUUCAUAUAUUCCAUCUGAAGACGUUCCAUUGGCAGUGAAGAAGCUAGCCGAAAGAUAUGCUGUAGAAUCAGAGGCUGCAGUACGUGCAAAGAUCCUCUGGAUAUUUGCAGAGUUAGGAGAAGUGACUACUGACAGUGCGGAAAAGGCACAUAUUGUCAAUGAAACUGCUACCUUUUUAAAAACAGAGGAAUCUCACAGAGUUAAAAGUCAAGGUCUUGCUACACUUUUGAAAUUGGGAGAUUACCAUAGAUCUAUUGUGUUACAAACUGCACGAGAACAUUUACCAGAUACCUGGCACGGUGUUCAGACGCGAUGUCUCAUGAUAAUAGGACGUUAUUUAUCAGUGAACGCAGCAGAAGAGAUGCUUGCUCUUGUAGGCAACUAUUCUCAUUCUCAGGAUCCAAGAGUGCGAGCACAGGCCUUCGAAACAAUGGCAGAGCUUCACUCUCUUCGAGGCUGCAGGCUUCCAGCAAGCUUCUUCUCGGAGGCUUGUGAAGCUCUACGUGAUGACUACGAGAUUGUACGCCCAGCUGUCCUUAAAAUAAUUUGGUUACUUGGAAAAGAGUAUCCAGACAAUUUACUUCCUGGUGGCGAUGGUGAAGAGCAACGAAUGGUCGACUGUGCCUUUUCUCGUAUAUGUGCUCUGAUGGGAGACUUAUCACCACGUGUCAGGGCAGCCGCCAUGUCCUUGCUGGGUACAAUGAAAGGAGUCUCGCGUCGAUACAUAGAACAGGCACUGGAUAAAAAGCAGAAAAGAGUCGAAGACGAAGGAUCGGAAGUUGAGGAAAGAAGCGCAUCCUGUGGAGCAUUUAUUCAUGGACUGGAGGAUGAAUUUCUCGAGGUCCGUACGGCAGCAGUGGAAGCACUGUGUACUCUCUCAUUAGAACAACCUGCCAUAGCCCGCAUAUCUUUGGAUUUCAUGGUGGAUAUGUUUAACGAUGAGAUUCAAGACGUCAGAAUAAGGGCAAUUGAAUCUCUAAGAAAAAUAUCGGCCAGUGUUACACUCCGGGAGGAUCAGCUAGAAACUAUUUUAGGAGCACUGGAAGAUUUCUCUGGUGAAGUUAGAGAGGGUUUACAUGCCACGUUAGCAGCGAGUCGCUUAGCCACUCGCAAUUGUCUUCAUAUGUGUGUUAAUCGUCUUCUUGACAAUCUAACCCGUUAUCCACAAGAUAAAGAAAGUAUUAGGAGCUGUUUAGCUGCUUUGGGAGCUUCCCAUCCGUACCUAACAUUACCUUUGGUACCACAACUGCUGGGACGACAUCCAUUUUUCGAUAUGCCCGAACCAGACGUCGACGAACCUUCGUAUGCAAGUGUUUUGGUAUUGUUAUUCAAUGCUGCCUUACACUGUCCCAGCAUGCAUGCACUAUUUACAGAGCAUGCGGCUAAGCAUUACCAUUACCUAAGGGAUACUAUGCCUCAUUUGGUACCACGAUUGAAACCUACUUUGACACAUGGUCCAAAUCUUGGCAAUAAACCUGUAGAAGAUGAGAAGACUAGAGACAUACGUGGUCGAGAGUUCCUGGAAAGGAUGGUAUGUGGUGUGGAGGGUGCAAGACCUGGUGGAAGGGUCCAUACACAGCUUUUGGAAGCUGCCGCAAUGGAUUUGGAUCGACUGGCUGAGAUGGAUUCAACGAUGGAAGGAGCAGCUCGUUUUACAGCUUUAUAUAUACGGUGUCUUCUUCUACUUAAAUCUGUCGUUAAGGAAUUGUCAAUCUCUGCUUCGAGUGCAGCUUCGCCUGAUUCUGAUUCGAAUUCGGCCAAUAACGUCUCCGCUCUUCUUGAGCAUACACAAAAAUUGCAAAGAUUAUUCAGCGGAUUAGGGGAGACUGAGAUGAUUCUGGCGAAUGACGUAUGGCUCAAGGCUUUGGCCUUAGAAUUAAUCAGAGUCACCAGAAGUGCAACAGGAAGUGCCCUUCCUCUCGCACGGCACUUCUUAUCCGAGGCCGAUGCUCUUCCUCAGGACUCCAGUAAAUUACCACCGUUCUCAAAAGCAUUGGCUCUUCAGCUUCCUUCUCUGGCGGAAGCUAAGCCAGGGACCUUGACACGUCUUCUGCUACCGUUACUACUGACGCUACCGUUGCAAGGUGAAGAGAAACUUCCACGACCAUCAGCAUCUACGAGACUCUGUCGGGCUCUUAUCGAGGAACCUAGAGGCGAUGCGGAUGCUGCCCUCAAGUUCACUGGCGGCCUUCUUCUGGGUAUCCCUCUAACGGCCAAGAUUUUAAAUCUACGCGAUCCUAGCACACUACGUGUUAAACUUAGACAUCCUGAUCAGCAAGUGCAGCUGCUAUUGCCUCGGAAAUCUGAUUUGAAAUUACAAGGAUCAGAAGAGAAUGAUUAUAGGUUAAGGACGACUGUACUGCUGUCUCAUCAAGUAUGGAUGGAAGCAUGUAAUGUUGAAAUUUCAUUGGCGUUGCUAGUACCAUCUUCGUCGGUUUGUAACCACGCUUCUUUGGACGAUCCAUGUGUGAUUGACUUGUGUAAACCAACCAAAGUAUCCAUUGCUCCCAAAGCGAUCAAAAGGGGUAUUUAAAUGAUGAUGUGUAUAUUGUGUAUACGAUUUUGUAGGAUAUCGUUGAAAACAUAUUUUACUCAUAAAGCAAUAUUAUUAAGAUAUAAUUAUUUAGAGAUUUGAUUAUAAACUACUUGAAAUAAAAUUCAUACCACAUU